UCCAAGCCGUGAGGUCGCCGCUCCAUGCCGGGUAUCCCCAAAUCUAUUUAGAACAUGCCUCUGGGACAGGUUCCACGUCCAGCGGGUGCUGGGCAGUACUGUCACUCUCCAUAUCACACAGAAUGCCACCGAUAAUCCCCCGCAAACGCCUCCAGUCUGAGUCGCCUCCUCCACAAGAAGAGAAGCCCGCCAAACGAGCUGCGCGACGUCCGCCCUCCCGCCGCGUUCAUAAGGAAUCGGUAUUCCAGACUCUGGACACCCCACCUACGCUGUCUCGGUCGGCGUCGAAGACACGGGCGCUGCUGGAGCAGGAAGAUGACUCUGAGAGCAGCGGGGAAGCGAGUUCCGACGAGGAGUUUGAAGAUGUGGAUAUCGGGUGGGCGACCAGUUCGAAGGGCAGGGGAAAGCAGGAGGGCAAAGACGCGGAUUGUAGUGCCGACGAGCAGUGGGAAGAUGCUCUGAUAACUCCACGGCUGGAGGACGAGCCCGCCCCGCAGAUAUCGGGAGACAUCAACGUCACGGUUUCGGCGCAAGGGGCGCAAGCGGGUUUUUCGGCGGCGCCGGCGGGGAAGAAGGGGCCUUCGAAGAUACAGAGGCAGAUUCGCAUGGAGACGCAUUGUAUGCAUGUGCAGUUGCUCAUGUUUCAUAAUCAUCUGCGGAAUGCGUGGGUGCAGGAUAAGGAGGUUCAGAAGAUGUUGGUGCAUGAUUUGAGUGCGAGCUGUUGGAAGGAGGUGGAGAGGUAUUGGAGGGACGCUGGGAUAACGGGUGGACCGCAGCGGGUUGUGGAGGGUGCGUGGCCGGGGAAAUGGGCUAAGCAGCCGGUGAUGUCGAAUUGGCAGGAUACGGGGAAAUGGGCUAAGCAGCCGGUGAUGUCGAAUUGGCAGGAUACGGGGAAGCGGGGGGUGGAGCAGUAUGUCCCAGCUAAGGAUGAUAAAACCGCUAAGAGCAAGGCUGGGAGGGCGUCCGUGUCGCAAAACAAGAAUGAGGAUCGUGGUCAGUGGGACUGGGCACCUGGGUCGGAGAAGUUGGAACCGAACACGCCGAAUCUCUCCGCUGGCGAUCCUCUGUUUAGGCUGCUGAGGAGUCUCACGGCAUACUGGAAGUCCAAGUUCAAGAUUACAGCGCCUUCUCUGCGGAAGCGAGGUUACCUGUCCCCAGGGACUUGUGAGGCAGAGAUUGCCGCUUGGAGAGAAGACCCAUCGGACGCAGACACGUUUGGCGAGAGGAUAGAGAAUCGCGAAUCAUUCAGGCAGUUGGCGGAGAAAUAUCAAGGCAGUAGAGAUGUGGGCCAACAACUGUUCACGGCACUGUUGCGAGGACUCGGCAUCGAGGCAAGGAUGGUGGCAAGUCUGCAGCCGUUAGGUUUCGCUUGGAACCAAGCCGAGGAGGGCAAAGGGAAGAAUUUGGAGAAGCUGCAGACUAAGUCGACUUUUGCGAGUUCAAGAAAAAGGAGUACCAACGCAACGAAGCCGGUUACCGCCAACAGAAGCCCAGAAACAAGAAGAGGCACGAGAAUCUCUCCUAUCAAUCUCUCGGACGACGACAGUAGCAGUUUAAGCAGUCUCGUGUCUCUAUCUUCGGAUUCUGAUAUGGGCACUAGCCUUGCGAAACCAGCGAGCAAGAGCCGUAAAUAUGGCGAGGAACUCCCUUAUCCAACAUACUGGACCGAAGCAAUAUCCCCCCUGACAAAUACCCCAAUAUCGGUCUCGCCUCUUCCGCGCAUUCUUAUUUCCAGUUCCUCUGCUUCAGAAGGCCUUUCCGACUUCUAUUGUCGUGGCGCUGCGGCAGAGAAAGCCAAGCAGGUAUUCGCGUACAUUGUGGCCUUUUCCUCUGAUGGCUCGGCGAAGGAUGUCACGACGCGCUAUUUGCCGAAACAACAAUGGCCGGGAAAGACCAAGGGGGUGAGAUUACCUGCUGAGAAGGUGCCAAUCUACAAUAAGCGUGGAAAGGUGGUGAGGAUGCACGAGUACGACUGGUUCAAGGAUGUCCUGCGCCUGUAUGCGCGGCCACGCAGCAAGCGGCAGCCGUGGGACGAGAUCGAAGAGGAAGGCGAUCUUGUGCCGAGGAAGCCCGAAAAGCCCAAGACCAUGGACGAGGAUGGUGGCAAAGAAACGUUGCAGGGCUACAAGGGCUCUGCGGUAUAUGUCCUAGAGCGACAUCUGCGUCGUGAGGAAGCGUUAAGGCCAGGGGCAAAAGUGGUGCGUUAUUUCGUCACGGGUAAGGGAGACAAGGAGAAGAGAGAGCCCGUGUAUUACAGGAAAGACAUCGUUACCUGUAAGACGGUCGAAUCGUGGCAUAAGGAAGGCAGAGCAGUCAAGGAAGGUGAACAGCCCCUGAAAUACGUGCCCAUGCGCGCAGUCACCGUUACUCGGAAACGCGAAAUCGAAGAGCGGGAACGGGAAGAGGGGAAAAAGGUCAAGCAAGGACUGUACUCUCGUGAUCAAACGGACUGGAUUAUUCCGGAGCCGAUCCAGGAUGGCAAGAUACCGCGCAAUGCGUUCGGAAACAUUGACGUCUAUGUUCCGACUAUGAUUCCUAAAGGUGCUGUGCAUAUCCCUCUUAAGGGCACGGCGGCGAUAUGCAGGAAGUUGGGUGUGGAUUAUGCCGAGGCGUGCACGGGGUUCGAGUUUGGAAAGCAGCGCGCGGUUCCAGUUCUCACAGGCGUGGUCGUCGCGGCGGAGAACGAAGACUUGGUUAUCGAUGCCUGGGAAGCUGAUCAAGCGCAGAAGCAGCAGAAGGAGGAUGAUAAACGGACUGCUCAGGCGCUGUCAUUGUGGAAGAAGUUCGCCUCUGGUUUGCGGAUUAUCGACCGGAUGAGAAGGGAGUAUGGUGAAGAGAUCCAGCUUCCUGGCCCUAAGGAGAAAGCCUCGACCUCGGGGACGGUGGGGACGAAGAGAUCGGAGUGGGACGCUUUCCAAAAUCACACUGGUGGCUUUGAGGGCGGAUUCCUGAGGGAAGAUGACGAGGCUCAGCAGGGUCAAUCUGCUGGAGGGUUCUUGCGUGAUGACGACGAUGCUUCCAUGGCUGACGACCGUUCUGUUCGUCAAGGCAGCGCGACGAAUAAGGAUUCCGCACUGACCAUUGAUGAUGGUGAAUGGAAAGCAGCGCCCAUCUCACACAAGCCCCCGGCAUCAUCUCUCCGAGCUCCUAUAUCCCUUCAUGCUGCGCACGAGGAUACUCCCGAAGUGAGUAUCGAUGGCUCGGUUGAUCACAUCCGGAAUCGAGAAGAUAGCAGAGACACACCCAUUGAACCAGCAAGUAAACGCACCACUCGAGCUAGGCCAAGAACUUCCAAAGCUACCUCGAAACCAAUGGACGGGACUGAAGCAGACACGGGACCGGAUCGCCAGGAUCGCUCGCUUCAAAACGAAACAUCUGACGCUGACGUUGACGACAGCUCGGCAGCUGGAGGAGGCAUCCAGAGAGCUACUCCGCUUCUGGGAUCCCAUCGAACAAGGUCCAAGCGCCAGUCGGCUCGAAAAGCGGAUGCCAGGGUCAGGAGCCAUUUCUUUGCGGAGGGCAGUGAUGAGGAGACGGAUUUGUCCCCUAGUAAAAGGCAGCAAGGCCGGGCGCGGCGGACACGGGCCGCGGAGUAGGGAGACGGAUAUAGAGUUGUAACGAGUAGGAAUGAUGCGCAAUGGACUAUGCUAUUGUCCUCCAGAGGGUGCAGAGAGGCAGUUGCGCUCCCGCCGAGCCCAUGAAGGGGCGGUGGGAGAAGGAUGAUAGAAGCCUGCUGUGAUUGUAGCCCCGAAUAGAUCGAGUACUGCGAUACCCAAAGAUCCGGGACAUCAUGCAUUGUCAGCCUGUAGUUUUGUUCCGCUAUAGCAGAUAGUCAUGUGCUCAUGAACUACCUCUGAGCCACCUUUGGUCCGUAACAUGUUGCUGACGCUAGAAUGCAUGGAGUGUCGAAACUUUAUUAUUGAG